AUGGCCCUUUAUGGUUCACUGCAGUUGUCCCAUGGCCUGGGUCUUUGCAGAAACCAAGGGUGCUAUAAGCCAGAAAAUAGUGCCAUGAGAAGGAGGCUGCAUAUAUCAAAGGGUCCUCUCUCAUUAGGUGUUCCGUUGGGACAACAUGAUUUCGGGAAUAUUUUACUCUCAGAUUACCUUCGUAGGCCUAUCUCUUCAGUACCAUGCAGAACCACCGCUUUUAGGUGUCAUUCUUUUUCUAUAGGAGGCAAGGCUAUUGAACCUGCUAUUAAAGCUGCCAAUGUGGUGCUAACAAAGUCACACGGAUUAAUACAACAAUUCCCUCUUGUAUAUAAGUUGGUUCCAGCUGUUGCUCUUCUUGUUUUCUCCCUGUGGGGUUUAGUGCCUCUUGUUCGCCAAGGAAGAAACCUCUUACUCCAUAAGAAUGAUAACGGAUGGAAAAAGAGUGGUACGUACCAUGUUAUGACGUCGUAUGUUCAACCGCUGCUGUUAUGGUUAGGAGCUCUAUUCGUCUGCAGGGCAUUAGAUCCUGUUGCUCUUCCUACAGAAGCUAGCAAUAUUGUAAAGGAUCGGCUAUUGAAUUUUGUGAGGUCACUGUCAACAGUACUUGCAUUUGCCUACUGCCUAUCAAGCCUUAUCCAACAAACACAAAAGCUCUUCUCUGAAACAAGUGACCCAAGCGAUACAAGAAAUAUGGGAUUUCAAUUUGCUGGGAAAGCAGUAUAUUCGGCUGUAUGGGUUGCUGCUGUUUCACUUUUCAUGGAGUUGCUGGGUUUCUCUACACAAAAAUGGCUCACUGCUGGAGGUCUUGGGACAGUUUUGAUUACUCUUGCUGGCCGAGAGAUCUUGACAAACUUUCUUUCAAGUGUUAUGAUUCACGCAACCCGGCCAUUUGUUCUGAAUGAGUGGAUUCAAACAAAGAUUGAAGGCUAUGAAGUUUCUGGUACUGUGGAGCAUGUUGGUUGGUGGUCACCAACAAUAAUAAGAGGUGAAGACCGGGAGGCAAUUCACAUCCCAAAUCAUAAGUUCACUGUCAAUGUCGUGAGAAACCUUACUCAGAAGACUCAUUGGCGUAUCAAAACUCACCUAGCAAUCAGUCACUUGGAUGUUAACAAAAUCAAUAAUAUUGUAGCUGACAUGCGGAAAGUAUUGUCCAAGAAUCCUCAAGUUGAGCAGCAAAGGUUACAUAGAAGGAUAUUCUUGGAGAAUGUCAAUCCAGAAAAUCAGGCCCUCGUGAUACUUAUCUCUUGCUUUGUGAAGACGUCCCAUUUCGAAGAAUACCUAUGUGUAAAGGAAGCUAUAUUGUUGGACCUUCUUAGAGUCAUAAGCCAUCACCGAGCACGUCUAGCUACACCAAUCCGUACAAUCCGAAAGAUGUACACAGACUCCGACAUGGUAAACCCACCAUUUGGAGAAUCAAUAUACGGCCCUGGAGGUGUUGCUUCUCGGCGUCCUUUGAUGCUAAUCGAACCCUCUUACAAAAUCAACGGAGAAGACAAAUCGAAAUCUCAAAGCCGUGCAUCAAAACCAAUCACAGAGCAAGAAAACAAGGGUUCCAGUCCAAAGUCUAAAGAAACUUCUUCUCCAGACCCAAAGGUGAAUGUGAAGGUUGGAGAAUCGCUGGUUUCUGAUACCAACAAGGUACCUGACGAAACAACAGGAGCUAAGCCAGGAACCAAACCGGUCUCCAAACCGGCUACCACAGCAAAGGAUGCAACAGAAACAUCAGGAGCUGAGAAACCAAAGGCAAAGAGAAGCGGUAGCACAAUAAAGUCAGCGCAGAACGAGACAGAAGGUUCGACAUCAUCAGUGUCUAGAUCAGCUUUGGAAGAGAAUAUAGUACUGGGUGUUGCACUAGAGGGCUCAAAGAGAACACUUCCGAUUGAGGAAGAGGUACAUUCUACUUCCACGGAAACAGAUGCUAAAGAACUCACCGGUGCUCGUAGAUCUGGAAAUGGCCCAUUGGUGGCGGAUAAAGAGCAGAAAGAUGGCCAAUCUCAAACAAGCUUAGGUGCUGCUUCAAGUGAACAGUGA